GCCCGCCCCGCCUCGCGGGCGGUGCCUCCCCCGCCCCAGGCGCCGGGAGCUGAAGGGGACUCUUGGUCCGCGCCGCACGGGGAAGCGAUGGGGCGGGCGGGCCGACGGCUGCCCGCAGUGGCGGCGCUCCUGUACGGGGCGCUGGCGGCGCUGGUGCUACUGGGGGUGCGGGAUGUGCUGUUCCUCUACGAGGAGAAUCGCUGCGGUAUGACCUACAUGUACGAGUACCCCGAGUACCUGAAAAUAAAAUUACCGAGGAAAACAGCGAGACGAUAUCCAGCAUAUGAACUCUAUCUCUAUGGGGAAGGAAACUAUGCUGAAGAAAACAAAAAUCUCCUAUUGACAGGAAUUCCAGUUCUCUUUCUUCCUGGGAAUGCUGGCAGUUACAAACAAGUACGUUCUCUUGGCUCCAUUGCACUUAGAAAAGCAGAAGAUGUUGACUUCAAGUAUCAUUUUAAUUUCUUCAGUAUCAACUUUAAUGAGGAGUUGGUUGCAUUGUAUGGUGGCAGUCUGCAACGACAGACCAAGUUUGUGCAUGAAUGCAUAAAAGUAAUUCUGAAGUUGUACAGGGAUCGCGAAUUUGCACCGACCAGUGUUGCAAUAGUAGGUCAUUCCAUGGGUGGUCUUGUUGCAAGAGCCUUGCUUACUCUGAAGAAUUUUAAGCCUGAACUUAUAAACCUCCUCAUUACACAAGCCACACCUCAUGUUGCACCUGUACUGCCUUUAGACAAAUAUCUCACCGAUUUUUACACAGCUGUAAACAAUCACUGGAUUCUAAAGGCCCGAGACUUAAGAAAUUUAACUACCCUUUCUGUGGCGGGAGGAUUCAGAGAUUACCAAGUUCGUUCAGGACUGGCUUUUCUACCAAGAUUGAGUCAACAUGACAGUGCCUUAUCUGUUGUGAGCUCAGCUGUGCCUAGAGCUUGGGCCUCAACAGACCAUCUCUCCAUAGUGUGGUGCAAAGAAUUGAUCCUUGCUACCAUUAGAGCUUUGUUUGAUCUCAUAGAUGAAAACACAAGGCAGAUAACUGAGGAUCCGAAGAAGAGAAUGUCUGUAUUGAAGCACCACUUUGUGAGACAUCCUGCAAAGAUAUUUGAGGAAAAUCCCGAAGCUUUUAUGGAGCUCACAGGAGCUUUCAUGUGGAUUACAGUCAAAGCUUCAAAAUGGACUUAUUCAGUUUACAAUGAUUCUGAUGGAAAAUAUUUCACAUUUCCUCUUGCAAGCCACAGAAAAUCAUACAGCCACAUUUACUGUGAAAAUGAUUUGUUGGACACAAGUAGCUGGAUUUAUGGCUGUAUGAAUAGUAAUUCACUGACGUGCCUGGAAGCUACAGAUUUAUCCUGGAGAGCUGAGUUACUUCCAACCGCCAAGGUUGUAAUACUGAAACUUCUGGACUAUCCUUCUUUGUCCCACAUUGUCAUUCAGGUGCCACCCACAGCUGGCAGGAAGUAUACAUUGGCCUGUGAAUUCUUCAAAGAGGAUUCCAGAAGAGUACAGCUUCCUGUAACACAUCUUUUUUCAUUUGGGCUUUCUUCAAGCAAAAUUCUGUUAAAUUCAAGUGGAUUACUUUACAAUGUACAGCUCCAGCACUUUAACCAAAUAUAUCAAGCUUUCAAAAUUUAUGUAGAGAGCCACUGCCAGUCACUCAAAGAACGAAAACCUAGUGUUUACAGACUUCAUAUUCCCUGGUCACAUGAAGACUCACUAAUUGUAGCAAAAGUUCCAUCUUUUACUGAGAUGUCUGCCAAACUGCAUAUCGCUCAGCCUCAAAAUGACAGCAGAGAUCCGGAGUUAAAUAUUUACUCUUCCUCAGACUGUCAGUAUGAAGUAAUCCUGAAGACGUCGCUUUUACAGAUUCUUGGGCAAAUAAUAAGGUUCCAUGCUGGCGCUCUUCCUGUCUAUGUUAUUUCUAAUAUUCUUCUUACUUAUGGAGGACAAUUGAGCACAUUGAUGUCGACAGGUCAAUGUUCGGACUUUUCCCUUGAACUAGUUAGGACAGCUAAACCCUACAAAGUAGAACCUCUUAUAAGCAUUGUUGUAUUUCUGCAGGGGUUUAACUGGUUUAGAGAUAUAUGGGAAUCACUGUCACUACCAGAGGUGGAUGCUGCUGUACUGAGUAGUCAGGAUGCAUGGUUCCCCCUUGUGUCCCUGAUUCUGUUUCUUUUUGGGACAGGCAUUGCCUACUGGAGUGGAGUAUUUUUCUCUACAACUCUGAGACUAUUCUCAUCAUUAUGGUUAAGUCUGAUGAGACCUACUGUACCUCAAAAAGAUAACAAGUUGGUUACACCCAGAAGACUCUGUGGGGUGUUAUCCCUUGCUUUGGUUAGCUGGACCACUUGUGGUGCAUUUGCUGUAUUCAUUAUUUAUCUUCAAUACUUGUUUAAGGUUAUAAAACUACAUGUGAAUGUAAGAGCAGAACACAACAUGCAUAAUGGGGAUUCAGACAGCUCGAAAGAAACUUCACAGAACUCCAAUGUGCAUCCAGUCAAAAACCAGAAUUCAAGGGAUGAUACCUCAAAAGCAACACAGUGUCUUUCCAACAGUGCAACAAUUGCUGAAGCUGUUAACAGUCUUAAGAUGCAUGUUACAAUUUUCAAUUUAUUCACCUGGAUUGUGCUGCUCAACUUGCCAUCUUUAAUUUAUUGGUUAAAAAAUCUCAGGUACAAUAUUAGACUCGAUCCUGAUCCAUGCAGAGCUACCGCUAUUAUCCUCAUAUGCAUUUUAGAAAUUCUCAUGAAUUCAAGUACUUCUGAAGUGAAAUCAAGUAAACUGGUGAAGAUUGUAGCCAAAGUUCCACUCCCUUUGUCUGUUGCAAUGUUGGCCUUUGGACGAAUGCAUUUAUACAAAGUACCACAUUUUGUAACCUUUUCUCUUCUCCUACACCUGCUGUGUUGUAUCAUGUAAGGUUCGUUAUUCAUGGGGAGAACAGCGCAGCCAGGAAACUUAAUGCUGGAGCUGGGGCAAAUUUCGAUGAAGAAAUGCCUAGAUGAAUAUCAUCAGUAGUUUACAUUACGUAGGGAAGAGGACAGACCUAUGAAUACUUUAUGAAAAGUUUGUGAUUCUGUUCAUGUUAGAAAACUUUUUGUGGUGUUUAUUUCCUGACUGUGAAAAUUAAGUUAAUUGACUAUGUGUGUAAGCACAUAAAUCACGUUAGUGUAACAUCUCAAUACGCUGUUUGCCUUGUACACACUUUGAUACUUCACUAUAGUUCUUUGUUGAAACAGACUCUUUGUACUCACUAUGCCAUACGAUAUGUGUGUUCUGAACAUGCAUCUCUUGCAGGUGUUGCAUAUGCUGGUUAAAACUCAAUGCAUUUCAAGCACACUGUGACUAGCACAAACGCUCCACAGCCAAGUAUACUUUUAAUCAUUUUAUGCUACGUCUAAAAGCUGCCACAGUUGUGUCUAGACAAACUAGAAUGUACUGCUUCUAUAGAACUGUUAUUUCUAUCAAAUCACUUGUUCAAUCAGUGAGAGUUGAACAUUUGUGAGAUUAUUGAAAGUCUUCUACGUUUUACUUUUUGUGAGAGUGAGAAAACAACAAUGUUCUGUGUAGCUUUCUAUUCAGGAAGGGUACCAGCAGAUUCAUAAACAAUUUGCUGUAAUGUUGUUUUAAAACAUUGCCAGUUUUCUCUGGAAUCUUGUCAGUUCUGAAAUGAUCCCUUAGACCUUGCCCAUGUGUAGAAGCUUACAAACACUGAGGUGUGGUGUGAGUUUACAGUGCAGUUGCUGUACCCUACACUUGUUUCCAAGUAGACAUGGCAAGUUCUUUCCCUGUUAGAAAUGAAGACUCGACCAUCUCAUCAUAAAUGUCCGUACAUGAAAUUAAUAUGGAAUAGUUAGAGCACUGUAAAUUCAUGCCCUGCCAUAUAGUGCUAACUUCCUCACGUGGACAAUCUCUUGGUAAUAGUGGGAAAUACUGACCGUAAUUAUUAGCUCUGUAUAAAGUAUUAUCUUAGUGCCUAGAUGCUACAGUGACUGCCAUUUAUAACAAAGCCUAAAAUAGCUCUGUGUAAGGAAUUCUGUCCUGUGGGUAUAUGUUUUGCCAACAGAAGAAAUCUUGGUAUUUGUUAGGUUAAAAAUGAUGUAUUGAUUCUGUAUAGAGAUGAACCUACUCCUUGCUUCUGUGUGAGAUGUCUCUGCUCUGUCUGAGAUAACUGUUAUCUUUACAUGGAAAUACUAGACUGGCUCAAUCAGCUUAGACAAGUAAGAGGAGAUCUCCUACCCACAGUCAGUUGAGCAUAUUCCUGAUAUAAUAAUACAGCCAGCCUGACCCAUUAAUGUUAUCCUAUCUCAUGAAUCUUGCCUAAAGUGCCUCAGUUAAUUCUAGCGCCUCGUUAGGGUCAAUUCAUUUGCGCUGGCAGGAAAGGUUUAAUUCACACAGUGACUUCCCGAACUGAAGGACAAAUGUGAAGUAAGCACCUGUUUUGUCCACUUCUGUACAAGUCAGCAGUUCAAGCUAUCAGUAACUCAUCAAAACUGCUUUAAUUGAGUAAGAUUAUUGUAGUUAACCAAACCACUGUCACUGUUGUCAGAAAUCUAUGUGCUGGUAUUCUAGUCUUAACCUUUUUUAGAACAGGUUAGGUUAUAUGUAGUGUUCAUAAAUCAGAAAAGUUAUUUGGCUAGAUUAUGUCUUGAUGCUCUCUUACCAAUUGUAUGCUAUGGUGUAUAUAUAUAUCUCUAUGAUAGUGUGUACUUACUUGUAGCUAAAUCCACCAGUGGGUUUAACCUAAAAAUUACUGUUGAGACAUAGAAGAAUAGAGUUGUUUUUCUACUUUCAAAUGGCUGUGAAUGAAAGAUAGUGGCAGAACUGCACUGGGCUGGUAAAACCCUGCUUGUGAAACGUGCAGGACCUGAUUUCUGUGGAAGAUCACUUUCCUUGGCCUUCACGGUCCUUUUGGUUUACUAGUGUAUUUUACUUCUGAUUUUGUUUUGCCAUUUUAAUGGCCUCUAUGCACAAAUCCAUUUGCUGGAGCUGUUUCGUGAAAUAAAAUAUUCACAAUAAGGAGAGCAAAAGGGUCUCUGCAUGUAGUAGAUUUGAUAGCUUCAAAAAUCUGCCACAGCAUGAAAUUUACUGAAUUACAGCAGCAUAGAAUAAUACCAUUCUUUUCAUUGAAUAAUAUUUUAAAAGCUGGAAAUUGUGUUGAUAUUUAUGAGUCUUUGUGAAAUGUGUUACGGAAUCUGUAGGUUCCUACCUGAUUUCCAAGUUGCAGGUAGGAAUAGAUACAAUUCUGAGUCUGAGAUCCCAGAUGACAAAAUUUAUCACAUAUCCCUCAAUGCUCCCAUUUUUUCAGCAAUGCUUUAACUUCACUGGGGGAAAGAGGGGAAGUCUUACUGCUGCUUUGGAUAUAUAUGCAUUCUGUGUCAUUUGCUAGAUGAAAACUGUUCUCAAGACGUGUCUGGAUUUUCAGUGAUCGUGGACUGUGUAACUUCAGCUGUUUGAGAGAUUAGGUGUCUAAUCCCAACUGCAUUUUCUGUAUAAUCAGUGGAGGGGAAUAGGUUUUGAACAAGUCCAGGGAACAAUUAGUCCCAUUCUAAAAGAGGAUGAAUGACCCUACUUGCCAUUCUGAAAAGGACAAGAUUUUAUAUUGGUCUAAAAUUGUUUCUCAGGUAAAAUACAAUGAUUGUUGUGACAUGUGGAGAAGAGGCUUCCAUUAUGUGAAUUUCUAGUUCUACCACUGUUCACAAUUGUAGUCUCAUCAGAAAUGUAGGCUAACCCACUAUAGGUAAUUUUGAUUGAAGAUACAGAGAAGUGUAAAUAUUACUGAAAUAUCCUUUAUUAGUAGUAGACUGCCUUUAUAAAAUAGCUUUUGGCAAAUAUAUUGUAAUGUCUCUUAGCACUUGUAACUAAAUUGAAAUUCCGGUGUAUUCUUGAUGCUUUAGAUGAUCUAGAGUUUAUGGGAGAAGGAAAAAGACACAAAUUAACUUGUAUUGGAUUAGACCUCUGCUCUCUAAGGAGGAUGUCUAUUAACAUGCAGACCCAAAUUCUGUUGUUCUCUCACUUUUCAGAAGCUGAGGUAUUAAUUUUGUAAAAACACUGCUUUUCAUCCACAUUGAUGUUCGUCACAUUUAGGUGGUGAUUAUACCACAUAAUCAAAGGUUUAGGUUGAGAUUAGGCCUCCAUAUUUUGGUUUGCACUUCAGGAUGCAUUCAAAAUAAGAACUACUUGUGUGGCUCUUUUCUAAUGUCUUUUUUUAUAAGCUAUCGGAAAUGGCAUAAAAAACAGGGUAAGAACCUAGAGUACCAAAUGUCAGUGAUUUUUAGGUAUAGCAUCUAUGUACAGCAGAAUCUUUCUUAGGCAGGGGAGAUUUAAUGAGAAGCUUUUAGUGACAUCUCCGGGCCCUGAAUUGCUCUUCAAGUCUAUAAUCUUUUCUAGAUUAUGUGAUCAGACUUUAAUUCCUCAGAGUCUUAUCAUGCUGCAAUCAUGGUAGCUAUACCUGUAGCAAACAGUUCAUAAAAGGUCUGUAUUUGCCUGGAAAAGAAAAACUGUUACCUCUUAACUGGAAUUACCAAAUGUACCUUGGCACUGAAUGAAUGAAUGAUGUCCAAAGAGGGUAUUUUCAGUUUUAUUUUAACAGUUGGUUAAAAUUUGUCAUGUUUCAGCAUCCUCUUACAAAGGAGAUUGAUUUUGGGGAUUUUGAUUGGGUUGUUUUUUUUUUGUCUGUUUAGUUUCAAAAAAUAUUAUUUCUAAUAUUUAGAGUUCUGCUCAGAUUUUGAGCUGAUACAUGUAGCAAUUCAUUCCAAAACACUUACUUAUUACAUUUUAGAACAAUCCUAAACAGUAUAGAAGUUCAUUGCCAAAGACAGAGAUUGCUUAUAUGUCUAAGUGAACUAUUCAACUAUGGCCUAAUUGGGCUACCUUUGAAGUCAGUGGUUUGAAAAAAUAAAUUAUUUGAUACUUUAAAAAAAAAAUAAGAAACCUUUUUGCAUAUGUUGGUGUUUGUUAGCACAUCUAGUUUUCCGUGUGUUUGCGGGUAGCAAGAUUACAAACUUGAUUUUUUCUCUGAAAUCUGAUACACUCACUUCUAAACUUUGAUGGGACAGAAUACUUGAUAAUGUGCCUAUUAAAAAAAGUAAACAUUUGAGAAGCUUUCAUUUGAUCAAUUUUUUUCCAGUACAGUGAUGAGUGUGUCUAGACUUCUAUUUAUACCAAGAAAAAGCCAGACAUUUAUAGUCCUUCAAUACCCUGAGUUACUGAGAAUGUUUUUGGAAGUGGUUAUAGUGUUGGUACAAUAAUUGUGCUGUUAUUUUAAGUCGCUAAGCUACUAGAACAUUGUUUAGCUGUAAAAUGGACUAAAUUCUUAAUUCUUAUUUUCCAUUUCACGGUGAAUAUUAGUCACUUAAUUUACAGCUUUGACUUUUUACAUGUCUUUUUUUUCUUGGAGGUAAUCAAGUUAGCUUUUAUAAGCACUUAGUGCUUUACAGUAAAUGAUUUUAAAACUUUCAUCACUGUUCCUUUAGGGGAGAUGUACUUCUGUCACUGAAGCUCCAUGCUGCUCCUGUAUACCUCUGGAAGUGUGUGCCCAUAAAUGACAGUUGAAAAAAGUUUUGGUUUUAUGUUAAAAUAAAAUAGGUUUUCUACCCCCUUUUUUUAGAGCCAGAACUUUAAUCUAGUAUUCAUAGUACAAUCCUUAAAAUCUCUAGAAGUUUAUCGGAAAACCUUUUACAAAUGUAUUUUUUGAUGUAUAUUCUAAUUUAUGGAAGAAUGUAUUUGAUGCCUUUAAUCAGGUCAUUUAUCUUAAAGCAUAAAUAAAAUCUAUACAUUUAAUGUUGUUAACAAACAUUACUGCUUUUAAUAAUAAAGUUUAAGCAUUUAAGGAGGAAUUUCCAUAGCUCUUACUUAAGCAAAUAUGCCCAGCACCUCUGAUUUUCAGGUAUCUAAGCUUGUAACUGCCACAAAAAUGUGCUUAUUGCCUUGUGGCAUGGAAACCUGAGUCAAAGCUGUGAUGUUUUGGCUUUAAUUUUGCUUAAGAUUUAGGGUCUCAUUCUGCAUUCUUAAAUGCAGACAGAUUUUGCUACUCAUGCUGUCAUAAAUGCAUCUCGUAAGCGUGGCCUCUCUGCAGUUACUGGCAAGAUGCGGUCUAGAUCCUGUAGGAAGCGCAUGGUACCAGAGCUAGUAUUGUGUCUCUUAAAGUCAGGAAUGGCACACACGAACUUGUUAUUUUUUGGCACAUCAGCCCGGUUCCUCCUUCCGUAUGCAGUUACCCUUGGUUUGCAGUAUCCUUCCACUGCAGUACAGGCAAAAUGUUCACAGUAAUAGUAGGCACCGUGACUGCCAUAGUGCAGGUGCACAGCAGCUAUCCUGGAGACUGUUGUUCUAUUUAUGUUUUGCAUGUUUGUUGAAAUACCAGCAAAGACUUUUUAUUUCCCCAUCCACGUUAAAUGAUUUCAGGGCAUAUGUGUUUAAUAUUGAAUGUGUAGUGGAAGGUGUCCCUGCCCAUGGCACGGGGGUUGGCACUGGAAGAUCAUGAUUCUAUGUGCAAGUGUGGUCAUGUUUAGUUUCAUGAAAUGCUAAGUGCACUAUUUUGGGAUCAGUUCAGGCUUCAGUAUUUUCCACUUUCAUCACUUUGAGUGCAAAAAAUAGUAUUUGAGACUGCAGCACCUGACUACUGAAAUAUUUUAUAGAGGUCUACAAGAAGUAGAUGUAACACACAUAGUUAGAGUGCCAGACCAAAACUGCAAUGUGGGAUUCCUCACUGUGACUUUAAACUUGUAGCUUUCUAGAGCAAAAAAAAAAAUUAUAAAAUACUGUGCCUUAAACCACUAAAGGAAUACACUCUAACUGUAGCCUGUGGACUUCUGUAGCCUUAUAUUUGAUUUUUGAAGUUUACCAAAACCAUGUGUGGGUCAUACUGAAACUUGAUUUGGGGAAAAUACUUUAAAAAGUUUAUUUUUACUCCCUUUUACUACACUUACAGAAAUGAUUCCUGGCAGUUACAGUAUAUUUGUUGUUUGGAAUCACACCAGCCAAAGCUGGCCUUAAUUUCUCAAGUCUAUCCAUUGUGACAAAAACAAAAAUAAGGAAGGAAAACUAGUCUCAGAUAUCUGUCUCAACUUUGAAGUCUGUGUGUCAAAUUAACUUUAAAAGUUUUGUUCUUUAGUUUCUUCAAAAUAAAAAGAUCUUCUAAUUGUAGUUUAAGCACAAUAUUGUAUUUAAGCCAUUGAGUAUCAAUAUUGACACCAGUGUGAGGAGAAAACUAGAAGGUAGUGAGGUGAGGUUGGUUGUUUAAAGCUCCAGAAUUUUUGAAUAACAAAUUUCACUUUUUAGGAAAAAUGUUCCUCUAUAAAACUCUGAAAGGUUUUUUGGAGGGGAAGGGGGCAUGGAAUUUUAUACAUUCUGUUCUUCUCGGUUCAUUAAAGAAUACCGGAAAGACUAUAAGUUUUCAAAUCUUGUUUCGGUAUAGUAGAAGAAUUUCUUAUGUAUGUUUUUUAAUAUGAAGAGCUCUGGAAAAGCCACCACUUGCUUUCCUUAAGUAUCUCUAAAGAGUUCUUUAUAUGUUUUGAUCAAAACCCCCACCUUUCCUCAGUAUUAGUACUAUGUAGUACUGAAUCUUGAAUAAAGAUUCCAUCUCAAAGCUUAUCGUUGGACUGUGGAUAUUUAGAGAGGCACAUGAAAGUACUGCAUGUCAGCUAUCAUAGUAAUUGUUGGAAGCAAUACGAAUCAUACUUAUUAACCUUCUGUUGAGAACUAACUUGUACCUGGCUGCCAUAGUGCACAACAAAUAAUAUGCAUUUUUUUAAUCUUCCCUGCUACUUCCUUUCAUAUAUUAGUUUAGGACUUUUAAAAUUCUAAUUCUGGUCACCUAAAUUUCUCUUCUUUCUUUUUGUUUCAGUAAUCCUAAUCGUUGGCGAUUUCCUAGUUACUGGAAUAUUGUAGUAUGAAAAUCAUUGAGAGGGCCAGGCUACAUUUAAAUCCUUUUGAUAUAUAAUGAUUAGUCUAGAAAAGAUGUGUAACCUAGGCCUAGUAACUUGAUUCCCUACUUAACUUUUAAUUGUUUUUCCAAGCACAAAACCGAAUAAUGUUGGCCAAAAUACCGUUUUUGAGUAUUUGGGGGAAUGAGGGGUGGAGAGUGGGGAGAGGGCUGUUAUUUGGUUUUAAGGGGACUUAAGGCUUUGAAGAACACAUGUAAUUUUUGGAAAAAUCAAGCAACCCAUCUUACAUGUUUUUAACUCUUCCUCUAUUUUCAGUUCUUAUACUCCUGGAGUAAAUCUGGUGUUGUAGGAGGAGCUAACUCUUAAUAGUUACAGGUUUCUAGAGAUGCUAACAGGGUCUUGUCUAUAAAUGUUUGAUUAGUGCUAUAGUAAAUCAUUGUGCUUACUAAAAUGUUUAUAACUGAAUUUUCAGAUACAGAACAUGCAAUGUGUGAUAAGCUUUGGCAAAGUCCUUGUGAAAUGCUAAGAAAACCUUGGAGAAUAAGUAUCUUCAGCUAAUAUUGAAACUACUGAAAACUGAAUUCUUAAUCUUUAAAACCUGUAGAUACUGGUACUUCUUUUGUUGAAGUUGAGUGGGACCUACUCUGGGAUUUUCAUAUUUUGUUUGCUUGUUUCCCUGUCUGCGGUGUAUACUUCAUAUUUUUUAUUUAUCUUUUUUUUUUGUGUGCAUGACUUAGAGUACACUGUACAGCACAUGCUCUGCUGAAUAAACACUUCUGAAUAUUUUUGUGUGGUGUUCUAACACAGUUGCGUUAGUACAAAUUGUUGUAAUUCACAAAAAGUGCCACUUAUCAGUCAUACUCUGUAGAGUGUUGUGAAUGUUACCUGUACUUCUGUUAUACAAAUAUGCUAAUGAGUGUCGUGAUGAAUGUUUGCCUUUAGUCUUUGCUCAGGUACUUGUGGAGCAGUUUGGUGCUUUUCCUUCUGACUUGUAAUACUUUCUAAAGUAUUCUAAAAUACAGAAAAUAAAAACUGUGAACAAAA